ACCAACUGCGAACAAUCACGAACGACGGACGCUGCAGCCUCGUAGAUCCACACGCACGCACCACAGGUGCGACAGUGCUGCUGUGCCGAGCGGCGCUCUUUAGGCCAAAUAAGCUUACGUGGAGUUGGCUCCGAGCGUCUGUCAACGUAUCUUGGGCGUUCGAGCUCGCGUUGUGGCUGCCACUGCAACGUCGUGUGUGAUUGGCUAAAAUACGGAUCAGGAAUACGAUCUUAUUGGCUACAAUCCAGCGAUUUUGCGAUUGGUGAAAACUGUGUACCAAACGUUAGCGAUUUUGGACGGGCCGCAAGGACUUGACGACGACGGACGAUGCGCUUGACCGCCGAAGUGAUCUUAAACGCCCGCGCCCACAUCAACCCGCUCCGGGAGCGCGAGCUGGACCUCCGAGGCUACAAGAUCCCUGUUAUCGAGAGCCUCGGUGCGACCAAGGACGGCUUCGACUGCCUCGACUUCUCGGACAAUGAAAUCAAGAAGCUUGAGAACUUUCCUCGCCUGCGCCGCGUGCGCAUGCUCCUCUUCCACAACAACAAGAUUGCGCGCAUCCAGGAAAACCUGGUCGAGGCGCUCCCGAACCUCUCGGUGCUCCUCAUGACCAACAACAGCCUCGCCAACCUCACAGACAUUGACGCGCUCCGCUGCUUUGACAAGUUGGAUACGUUGUCGUUGAUCGGGAACCCCGUCACGCGCAAGUCGUACUACCGCGAGUACGUCAUCCAUACGCUUCCGCAGGUCCGCGUCCUCGACUUCAAGAAGAUCCGGCCUGUCGAACGGACAGAAGCCGCCCGGCUAUUCAAUUCGCUCGCCGGCAAGAAGAUUGCGGAUGGCGAGGCGGCGCCAGAGCCGACACCUUCGUCGUCAGAGCCGAUGCCUUCGUCGCCGCCGCGCCCCUCCGUCACGGAGCUUCAAGCGGCCAUCGUGAACGCGACCUCGCUCGCCGAAGUCGAGCGCUUGGAGGAACAAGUGAAGGAAGCGCUGUCGCCUCCGCCGGCGUCGCCGCCCCACGAAACGGCCCCGUCGCCCAAGAAGACGCCGUCGCCGAAGCGUGAGGUCGUCGCGUCCCCGAAGCGCGAAGUCGCAUCGCCGCCCAAGGUGGCGUCGCCCAAGAAGUCGCCCGCCCCGUCCAAGGCCGUUGGCGGCUCGGUGGCGUCGAUGAAGGUCACGGAGCUCAAGGAAGAGCUGAAGAAGCGGGGCCUCUCGUUCAAGGGCCUGAAAGCGGAGCUCGUCGCGCGUCUCGAGGAGAGCAUGGCGCACGACAUGGAAAUGUAAGCGUCGUUUGACUAGUGCUAACGGCGGUAUAAGCAAGCUUGUAUUGAUGCAACGCAGA